AUGGGUCGAUAUAAGCGAAUUCCUACGAAAAACCGCAAGAAAUUGAAGUCAGUUGAUCCGUUCAACAGUAAGGCGGCAGCAUUAAGAGCAGAAGCAGUCAGGAGUACUGACACUGAAGUUGAUCGUGCUUGUUUAGCUGAAGCAAAAAGAAAUGGCAUCCGCAUGGGUCGUUUCGAGACUGUCCGAAACUUUGUACGGCGUGUCGAGCGAAUGACACAUUUGGCCAUUAAGGAUCAUGAGAUUUUGAUCAGACAAGGCUUGGUAGGGCGGAAAGAAACGGACAUCGCUACUGAUUUCAAACUGUUAGAAGAGAAGGAAAAAAGGAGGAAAGAGCAGAGUAAAAACGAAAUACGGAACAAAAUAAAAGCAGCUAGAAGAAAACGAGAGAGCCAUGCUAAAAUUAAAGAGCGAAACGAGGAUUUGGUCGAAAAAGAGGAAGAGACCGACGUGAUGACUAAAGUAAAAUUGUUAUUUUCCAUAGAAACUGGGAGGAUUAAAAUGAUUGCUGUGGAAAUAUUGCAUUCAGAAGUGCUCGCGUUUGGAGAACGUUACGACGCCCCACCAGAAUACAAAGGACCCUUGAAGGAUGUGAUGAAUCCGUUGAUGGCGAAGGUAUCACUACUACGGCAACGUUUGCUUUUUUUUUACCUUAAAAAACUCUCAACGAUUUCCGGAAAUUCUGUAUUGAAAACUCUCCAUAUCACUGCGGUGAAAUUCGUUUGGUAG